AGUUAUCUUAUCACUUGGUCGAUGUGGGACUCAUAACAGUUUCCAUAAUUUUUUGAUAUAAGUGUUUUUACUGACUGUUUGUUUUUCAAAUGUUUUUUUGGACCUAAAGGUUGUCUGAAUCUGGUACGAAGUUGAAUUUUUACAGAAGGGGAUGAGGAUUUGUCAUGUAUAACAUAGGACUAUAGGAUUUUUUUUGGUCCGACUCAUAGGACUAUAGGAUACUGUUGAAAUUCAACACAGCUCUCGUACCAUUUUGAACUUCUGGAUUUGGUGGACCUCACUCUCUCACGGUCAGCCUUUGUUUCUUACUCUGUUUUACACUCUCUCUGUUUUUGUACUUGUGUUUUAUCAUACACAAGCACACACUCUCUCAGUUUUCUCUCACGUUUAUUUUGUGUUUGUAGAGAUAAGAGAGAACACUUUUAGUUGUCUACAUUGUUAUCCUUUUAUCAAUGUUUUUAAACUGAUCCGGAUAACAUUUCAGGUCACCGAGUUAUUGGGUCGACUACAAACGAACCACAGUUUAAUAAAUUAAUUAAUUUUAAUACAUAACUAUAUAUUAGUUAUUAAAAAAUAGGAGAAAUCUUACAUUUCUGUAAAAAUAUACAGAAAAUAUUCAAAUUGCCUUUUAUCUUAUUUUCAUCUUACAUAUAAAAUAUUAUAAAUAAUAAAAACCAUUUAAUAAUCUUUUUGUAAAAAACUUAGGAAUUAUAACAUAUAAUAAAACAUAGCAAGACUUAAAUCUCAUAAGCUUUAGAUAUCUAAUGUUAAUAAUAAAAUUAAAUUUUAAAUCAAAAUAAACCAAAAAUAAACAUUAAGAUUGAAAUAGAUUUUUGAUAAAAAAAUAAAUUAAUAUCAAAUCUCAUUAACUAGUUUUAGUUCUUUCUAUUAUCAUUCAUUAUAUCUUUUGAAAAAUGAAUAAGAUCAAUGAAUUUUAUUCACAACAAAAUAUUUUAUAUUUAUUUAGAAACAUGUAAAAUAAAAUAAAAAGAUAGAACCAUGUGAUUAACGAAAAAAAUAAAAACACAGUUUAUAUGCUAAAAGUUAGAAGUUAGAAGGCUCAUACGAAUACUAUUUACGAUGAACAAAAUAAGCAAAAAAUUAAAAAAGAAAAUUUAAAGAGCUAUAGAAUAUAUGUGGCAGCAAGGAAAACAAUAACUUCACGAGAAAACUAAAAUUGUAAGUAAAAACUUACCUUCUUAUUUGGAAUACAAAACACAUUUAAUUAACUAAUUAAAAUCCUGUGAAAAACUAAACAAACUUAAUCACUGGUACACCAAUGGUUCAAUCGGUAGCUGGAUUACCGGGUUUAAGAGUUUUAGCGGAUUUUAUCAGGUUUUUAAUUAGCAGAUAUUUUUUAAAACCUAAAUCGGAUUAUUUAGCGGGUCACCGGGUUUGUCAGUCCGAUUCCGGUCCGGGUCGGGCGUAAAAACCCUGGCUUUUAUCCAAUUUUUAUAUUAGAAUUGGAUACUUUUCUUGCAACACUACACACAUACAAUUUAUAAUAGAAUCCUCUACUUAUUACACUUGCACAUUGCUUAUACAACUUCUAAGACACUAGACUUUUCUUACAAGCAAUGCUUAUCUUAGACAUCAACAACUCUAACAACUCUCUAUCUUAACAACUUAACUCUGUUAGCUUUUAACCAAACUAACUAGUUACUCUUCUUUUUGUUGUGUAACUUCUAGCUACACAAACCAACCUUGUCCUUGACUUCUUGUGGAUCCACGUUGGUUUUGCUUCUUUUUCAUCUUCCUCAGUUUCUUGCGCUUCAAGUCUCCUUCUUUUCUUUUGCACCUUUGCUUCUUGUGCUUCUUCUUUGUUUGUUCUUCUUCUCACUGAUUCUUCUUUAUUUUUCUUUUAUAAGAUUUAAUCAAAGGUUCAAUCUCAACAGAUACACGAUGAAAACGUGCUAAUAUAGGAGUCCUAUAAUAGGACUAUAGGAGUAAUUGAGUAUUAUCGACUAACUACCUUUCUAACUAACUCAUUAAUCACUUACUUUAAUAUCCACAAUCUCUUCUAAUCGUAUAUGUGGUGAGUAAUCAGCAUCGUCAUCGACAUUGAUGCAUUGUGCUUUAUAGUGUGUGUGUGUAUAUGAAUCAAGUACCAUAUGCACUAAGAGAAACCAUCUAACGUUAUUACACUGAGUCAAACUUCAAGUUUUCAAUAGCUUCAAUAAUGGUUUUUGAAGCUUCCAUAGCCAUCUUUUGUUUUAUCCCACUUUGUUUCUUCCUCUUCAUGAAUCCUCGUGAUAACUUGCUUAGAAACUGGCCAGUUCUCGGGAUGCUUCCGGGACUGCUCGUUGAGUUCCAUCGUAUCUAUGAGUUUAGCGUGGAGAUUCUCAGGAGUUCUAACUUGACGUUUACAUUCAAGGGCCCGUGGUAUUCUGGAAUGGAUAUGUUGUUCACGGUUGAUCAAGCAAAUAUCCAUCAUAUCGUGAGCUCAAACCUCUCCAACUACACUAAAGGUCCCGACUUCAAAGAAGUAUUUGACGUUCUUGGAGACGGGAUCCUCACCGCGGACUCGGAACUAUGGAAGAAUCUGAGGAAAGCUUCUAAAGUCAUGUUCAGCCACCAAGGGUUUCGAAGGUUGUUAAUGAGUACCACGAGAAGAAAAAUCAAUGACGGGCUCAUUCCUCUUUUUAAUCAUUCAGCAGAGGAAGGAGCGGUCGUGGACUUGCAGGAUGUGUUCGUGAGGUUCACAUUCGACACAACCUUAGUGAUGGUAACUGGGUCCGCCGACCCUAGAUCUCUCUGCGUUGAAAUGCCAGAGGCUGAUGAGUUCGCUAAAGCUCUUAACGAUGUUGGUGAAGGGGUUAUGUAUAGGCAUGUUAAACCGAGGUUCUUGUGGAAGCUGCAAAGAUGGGUUGGGUUCGGACAAGAGAAGAAGCUGUCCAAAGCUGACGCCAUUUUGACACGAAUGUGCGCACGGUUUAUAUAUUCUAAGAGAGAAGAGAUAAUAUCACGAGAGCAUGCUCACACUGCCAAUGAUGAAGCUGCGGAUCUUUUGACAUCACACAUGAAGCUAGAUGCAACCAAGUACGACCUCUUGAACCCCAGUGACGGUAAGUUUCUCAGAGACACCAUGUUGUCUUUCAUUCUAGCGGGGAGGGAUGCCACUGCGUCUGCUCUCACUUGGUUCUUUUGGCUUUUGUCGGAAAACCCUGAAGUUGUCACUAAGAUUCGCCAAGAGUUAAACACAAACCUUAUAAAAAUAUAUGGCCAAGCGAGGCCGUCUAGUGAUUAUUCCAUUGAGUGCUUGAACAAACUGGUGUAUUUACGUGGCGCCUUGUAUGAAUCGAUGAGACUUUACCCGCCUGUUCCAUUUGAGCGCAUGACUCCCGUAAGACCAGAUGUGCUUCCAAGUGGGCAUAAAGUCGAUGCAAGUAUGAAGAUUUUAAUCUUUCUUUAUGCGUUAGGGAGGAUGGAAGCAGUAUGGGGAGAAGACGCAUUGGAAUUCAAGCCUGGGAGGUGGGUUUCAGAGACGGGAGAGUUUAGAGAAGAGCCUUCGUACAAGUUCUUUGCGUUUUUCGGGGGACCAAGAUCUUGCCUGGGUAAGCUUUUAGCAAUGACUCUAAUGAAGACAGUGGUCGUGGAAAUAUUACAAAACUAUGAUUUUCAACUUGUCAAAGGCCAAACGAUCGAACCAGCUACUGGUCCCAUUCUUCGUAUGAAACACGGUCUUCGAGUCAAACUUACUAAAAGAUGUUCCUCUUACGAAAUAAAUGGAUACACGUGAAAAUAUAAACCAUAUCUUAGUACGACUAUUCUAAUUUAAUGAUAUUUUGUAAAUAAUAUACAUAAUAUAAAUAAUAUACAAAAAAUCAUAUCAAAUAUAA